UGGGAGGGUGCGCUGUGCGGCACCGCCGAGGGCCUGUGGAGCCUCUUCCCCUCAGGCGUGCCGCCGUGCUGCGCUGUUUGGAUCCGGGCAGAACGUGCGCGUCCUGAGGGCUCCGUGAGUGCCCGGUGACCCGCACAGCACAGAGCCAGGAGAGCAUCUGUCAGAGAAACGUGGAAGAUGUGAGCCCUGAGAGGAGCACGAAGGAUGUAAGCUGAAGAGAGAAGCCUGGAGAACGCAGACUGAAGGACGGUCCUUGUGUGGUUACUCCAGAGCUAGGGACAGCUCGUUGCCAUGAACACUUCUCAUGCAAACAGGAUCACAGAAUGGCUCGGGUUGGAAGGGACCCCAGGGAUCAUCGAGUCCCAACCCCCUGCCACAGGCAGGGUUGCCAACUGUUGGAUCAACAAACAUGCUGAAUUGUUUCCUUCCAUCCUUUCCUUCAUUCCAAGCCAACAAACCAUUGCAAAAUCUCCUCAGAGUCCCAUCGUUCAUGGUGUUUUUCUGUAUCUUCACUGAAAUAAUAGUGUUUAUUUUUAUGUAGCAGGAAUGGAAAGACAAGAUGCUUUCCCUAACAAGGCAUAGAUGCAAAUCCUAUUUAGGAUGGGUUUCAUGUUUGCAGCGAUGGGAGGUCUGGCUCUGAUGAAAAUCAUGUGUGUAGUUAUUUUAUGCACUGCAGGUUUCAGAUGGCUGGGAUUAUGUUCUUCCAAUUUAACAAGGUUGUCCUCUGAGUAAAUGGAGAGAGCUGAGUCACAGCAUAACCCUUCAUCCCAGCUCUCGUGAAUUUAACAAGUAAGAACUGUCUGAAGCUGACCUUGGCACUCUGAAAAGAGAGUCCUUGUUGAACAGUACAUGCAAUUAACAUUUUCCAUUUCCUUCAAAUCUUGCAUAUUAGAGCAAACAAUCAUACCAGCGUAACACUGGGCCUUUCAUUUGGGAAGCUGUUAAAUUUAGUUCUAAUUUUUACUGCUUUAACAAAAGAGGAUACCGAGGGUGUGUAAGUGACACUUUGUUUUAUUGCACGGUAAUGUGAAGGUGCCCGAGGGAAUCUGGCAUUCAUUGAAAUCAGAAUCUGAUAAAGCAAUCUUAGUUAUCUAUGAAAGGAACGGGUUGUCUGAACAAAAAGGAGCCAGUUCAGCAGCCAUGGUGGCUCUGGGUAACCUCUGUGCAGGUCACUGUUUUGACAGCAUGCCAUUUCUUUCUGCACAGGACAUGGGACAGGCUGCUAAAUCAGCAAGGACCAUUGUCAUCUCUGGUGUUCCAGAUGGUGUUCUGAACGAUGAUGUCAUGAGUGACAUUCUGGUGAUUCAUUUCCAAAAGGCAAAGAAUAAUGGUGGAGAUGUGGAAGAAGUGAAAUAUCCAACAAGGGAAAAAGGAGUUGCAUAUAUAACUUUUGAAGAUCAAGAAGUUGUAGAGAGUGUUCUACAGAGGAAUGAGCAUCGACUAGAGGACAGGAGGCUGCCCAGAUACUAUCCUCUGAAAGUAACCCCUUUCUGUGAAAAUGUCUUCAGCUCUGUCACAGCUGUCCUUGAUAUGUCUGUUUUCAAAGAUAAAUUUGUUUUGGAGGAUCUAAUACAAGAACUUAAAAUGAAGAGCACAGCUUUGAGCUUUGGUUCUUUGCAAUCCAACGGGCAUAUUUCUGUUCAAGGGCCAUUUCCAACAAUCAAAUGGCUAAGAGACUUUCUUUUACUAAAAGCAAAAUCCCUCUCAGAGGAUAAAAAUGAAGCAAGUAAGUCCCAUCAGAGACCAAAGAAGAGGCUGAACAAACACAGACUCACCAGAGAGGUGAAUAAUGUUGUUCAUGAUGCUGAAGGGGAAAAGCAAGUGGUUGUUCUUGACACAGAUAUAUACCACUAUAUAAAGUGCUUCUUUGCCAAGGAACUCCUCGCAGAUAGCGAUGUUGUGAUUUCUGACAUCACUGAUGGUGAUGUAACUACACUGCAUCUUCAGAAAGGCAGAAACAAGCCUGAUACUGGACAAGUAUUAAGAGUCAAGGAGAAAAUUGAAACUCAGUCUAUAAAACUUCAUAACAGUUUACGUAAAGAAAGGAUCAACUUUGAGAGGAGCACCAGAGAUAAGAAGAAAUACAGAUUGGUGUGUGGAAGUGUAAAAUCCCGCUACCCGGAUGUUUUGGUUAUUCCUUAUGACACUCAUAUUGAUGUGAUAGGAAGUUCUUCUGCAGUUUUUGAAUUUACACAAGAAGUGAACAAAAAAAUUCAGAGCCUGUUUCAAAACAGGUAGAAAGAUAGCACUCAUGUUUGUUGCACAGUGCAGUUCUAAUGAGCUGUUCUGGUGCAACCUUUGUGUCACUUCAGGUCUGCCUCAUUUCUCCUACACAGUCUGGGAAUGCUGCACAUGAGGAUGAAAAAGCCCAUUCCUCCCCAGAUACCAAAUAAAGUUCAGACCAAGAAACAAAUGAUCUUUGUAUCUCUGGUGAGCUUCAAGAUGGAAGAAAUGAAGCUUCUUCCGUCCAAACAGAGACACAUUCUUCCUUUCAUUUGCUGCAUUCUGGCCACAUGCACUCUGUCUUGCCGUCAUGGAGUUUAUGAUGUGAAAAGAAGAAUUUUUGAAGAUUUUUCAUUAGCAUAAGAAAUGGUAACUGUAAAGCUGAGUGAACCAACCUGGUAUGAUAUCCUGCAUAGAAGUUUACGUGUUUCUUUGUGCAGGGAGAUGACCACUGAAGGUAGGACUGGUGGCUUGCUGCUGCUGCCCUUAUCUGCAGAAGAAAGCUCUUGUUGAGAUGCACAAAGAUAGAACUUUAGUACUUGAGAAGAUGGAAUGCUUGAUAAAUCUGUAGGCUUGUCAUGUCCUGAAAAAGGCUUUACAAGCUGGCACCAGAAGUUCCUGAGAGAAGAAACUGAGUUUGUCUUUGUAGGAGCGAUAGCAGAUUUUUUUCCAGUAGUAACAGCAGCUGCAGCAUCCCUGGACAGCGUGUUAUUUAGACAUGGAAGUAUAUCCAUCAUUUUGAUGUGAAAAUCUUGGCACAUUUGAACUUUUAAAUCAAAUUCUAUUUAUACAGUUCUUAGGCCCAAUGUGGGAAUAGUUUUUCUGGUCUAAAUCAUCUAGUGGUAUAGAUACACCAGAUAGGAGCAGUCCUUUUUUUCUGUGCAAAACUGAUUAGUUAAUGCAAUAAUUAGUAGUUGUAACUGAGAACAGGAACACCUUUAUCCUAUUAAUGCUUUCCAGUUGUGUUUUCCAGACCUUGUCAGAGGUUCAGACUGCGGGGAUUUCUGCCAUCUCCUGUAAGGAUAGGACAGCCUGAUGAAGACUUAGUGUUAAUUACUUUCUAAAUUGAAUGCUUUAGAACACUGAAUAUCUCUUUUGUUAGCAGCUGUACACAUUUUAAGUUUUUGAUAGGUUGAGGUAUGCAAAUAGUUUUAAAAAACAUUCUUAAGUCUACUGUUUAGACUUACCUGCUUGUGUCUGCCUUGCCCUUUGCUUUCACUUCUAGAGUUAAGUGCCUGGAGUUAAAACUGAGUGCUCACUACAGAAUUCCAUCUGAUCCAUGAGUUAAAACGGGGUGCUCACUGUAGAAUUUCAGCCUCGUUCACUGAAAUUGGGGAUCAAGGCAGUCCACAGGAACGUGACAGCUUAGAGCGUGUGUUUUAAAGUUAAACCUUUUCCGUGGAGAUCCAUUAUUAGUCCAAAUAUGCACCCUUUUGUGAUCUUCUUAGAAAGCCAAGUUGAAAGUGUGUUUUGUGAUUUCAGAAUGUUCAGAAAUACAUUGCUAAGACUUACAGACCAUUAGUUCUUUCACAAGAAAAUCUUAUGAAAUUGAAUUUAUGAUCCUAUUAAAGAAAUGAGUUUCAAAAUGCUUUGUGUUCUUUAAGCAACUCCUAGACUUUUAGUUGGAAGCUCAUCAUGCUUAAGGCAUUUUCUUGUCGUGACUGAUUACCCACUGCAGUUAUGCCAAUGAAAGAUAAAAGUCGUUAAACUAGUACCAGUGCUGUGUUUUAAAAUACACUGUCAAAGUGGGAGGAUGAUGAGCUGAAGUGAUGUGCUGAACUGGGAGGGAGGGGUGCUUAAAGGCUUAUAUCUAUGCCAGGUUCCUCUGUAGCAGUAGUACAUGCAGAGGCUGGAGGGGGGCAGGGCAGAGUGCCCAGAGCCAGGUCUGCUAGGGCCCCUCCUGCUCCCCACUGACCAAACCUUGGCCUUUUUCAGUGCUCCCCACAGAGCUUAAGCAAGGAUGGGAAGUUUUUUAACCUCAUAAAGGAGAGAAUUCUCCAUGAAGGUCAAACAUUUAAUGAAAUGAGUUCUCUUUUCUAAUGGCUGUGUUGACCUUCCAUUCUCCUUUCUGCAGAGUCUCAGUGUUGGGUUUUUUUUUUGGUUCCUAGAGUUUCCUUUGCACUUGCAGAAAUGCUUAGGGCUCAUAAACCAGCAGCACUGAUGUCAGUCAGAAUACCAGCGGGUCAGGCUGAACUACAUCCAUUGAGUCAAUUUUGACAGCAGCACUGGUAGAGGUACUGCUCACUUCUGGUUGUCUGGGUUUUAGGUCAAAACCUCAAAGUCCUUUAAAGGCUGCAGUUGAAUAAAACUUUUAUUGCUGUUUUACAGCAGUUGUCACAGCUCCUCUUCAGAUUCACUGGUCCAUCAUCCCAUUGUCAGCUGAGCAUUCGGGCCGCCAGGUGCUCUGCCACCAGCACUGCCUUGUUUCCUGGGGUCUCUCAUCUGCUUCCUCUGGUCCCAUACCUUGAUGUCAUUUCUUUAGAGUAAAUUGGGAUGUGAGUCCAUUGUGGACCAGCACACACCAUCUAUUGUUAUGCUCCUGGAUCUCUGUGCUGCUAUUUCAGGUGGGCUUUGCAGCAGCGCUGCCUUGGAAUAUCUCACUUUUCUCAUCUCUGAUGGUUCCUUGUGGCCCAGCAAGGGCAGGGUUCAAAGCAAGCAUCCCACACAGUGUCAGUGCUGGUAGCCAAGGGGCUGUGGUAUGUGCUGUGGCUGCCUGAGCUGCUCUUUUAGAUGUAACUCUACAGAGCAACCUUUUUCAGCAGGUGAAAACAUGCAGUGUGGUCCACCAGGAUAGACCUAUGUUUGCUGUAAGAUAAAAACGGCAUUGGAGCAGAAUAACCUCGUGAGUGAAACACGUAUUCCUUCCUUCCAUCAUAACGCAGUUGCUGUGAAAAACAAUAGAUGUUCAGCAAAAAAAAGAAAGUCUGGUUUUAUCCUUAGUGUGGACACAUAAACAAAUACAGCAAAGCAGACUGGUGUUAGGUCUGGUAGGAGGCUUGCCAGCUAUUAUUCUCACAGUCACUUUUUAUGGCAAGCAAAGCAGUGUUAUAACUUGAGCUCCACAUAGAAAAGGGAUUUAAUAUUUGUGUAUAUUGCAAAAUAUCUGGGAAAGCAUAUUAGAUGCAAUUCCUAGAUCUAAACCAUCAGUGCUGACUCAGUAUUCUCAGCACCAGAUUUGCACUUUUAAUUUGAAAAGAGAAUUCACUCCCGGGACCUCAACAAAAUAUUUGUCCUUAUUGCUGUGCCGACGCUUGCUGCCCUUUACCAGAUGGGGAUAUGUAACAGUCAUGGAGUAAAAAAUACAACGCCUGAUUUUGUCUGAAGGCACAGUUCCCACUGACAUUAAGACAAAGCCUUAACGAUAAAAUAAAAUAAAAUAAAAUAAAAUAAAAUAAAAUAAAAUAAAAUAAAAUAAUCAGCCACAACAACCAGCAGAAUCAGCCCUGUUCCUGGCAGAGCAGCACUGCACUGUGGUCAGUGGGUAACUACCUUUUUCUGUUGUCUGGAAACCUGAGUGCUAGAGAGAGGAUUUGACAUCCCUUAGCAGGAAAAUAUUAUACAAUUUGGUGGAAAAGCAAUCUCAUUGCUGGCCUGAGGGGAUGGGGGAGGCGGACGGAGGGGGAAUGAUUUACUGGAGUGCUUUUGCCAUCGCUGAUGCAAAGCUGUGGUGUGGCCGAGGGAGGACAAAGCCUCUGUUACUCCCCAUUGUGCCUGCACGUCUAAUAAUGCAGUGUAAAAGGUGCCUGCAAAACAUGUGGGAAGGGGGUCGGUUGGUAUGUUGGAAGAUCUUUCUUGCAGGUAUAAUUGUUGUCAUCCAAUCUGCCUCGGCAAUGUUUGAAUCGCAUUGAAACUUCCUCUAUGCAUUUGUUCAAAAAAAAAAGAAA